CCAUCAAUCAUCUGACGACUAAUUCAUCUCAGAUCGGAGGUGAAAAUAGAUUAAAAAGCAUGUAAACUGAGGCUUUAUUCAGCCAGGUAAUGGUGAAAACCUGGACUCCAUCUUCUUCUACACAUUCUAUCCAGGCAACGCAUAUGACAUAUCCAGGGGUUCCAGGCAGAGCCGCCGGUAGGUAACUUUCUGGGGUAAAUUUAAAUGUCUUUCUGGAGUCUGGCGUAAAUUACUGGCAGCAGUAAUAGUUAAUAUCAGUGAACUUUUACUCUUCUCAGAAGCUCACUCUGGUUUUAUAAAAACCCACGAAAGCCACCACCACGACUAACCCGAAUCUCAGUUGCCUCUCUCACAGUCACACCCGACACCUCAAAAAUGUUGGGGGCUUCCAAAACCCUACUAAACCCUUCUUCUCCAUCUCUCUCAUUCCCCUCCCUGAAACCCCGCAACAAUCUCCCCAAUAACCGCCUUACUUUCCGCCCCAAACCGCCGCACUCCUUCUCCAUCAGAAGUCAACAUGCCCCGAACCCGGACGAGCCCACCCCGGGUCAGCUCCGGGUCGACAUUCUCUCCGAGUCUCUACCCUUCAUCCAGAAAUUCCGGGGCAAGACCAUCGUGGUGAAGUACGGCGGCGCCGCCAUGAAGGACGAGAGCCUCCAGGCCACCGUCGUCAGAGACCUCGUCCUCCUCGCCUGCGUCGGCCUCCGCCCGAUUCUCGUCCACGGCGGCGGCCCGGAGAUCAAUCUCUGGCUCAAGCGCCUCAACAUCGAGGUUAACUUCCACGACGGCCUGCGUGUCACCGACGCGCCGACUAUGGAGAUCGUCUCCAUGGUCCUCGCCGGGAAAGUCAACAAGCACUUGGUGUCGUUGAUCAACCGGGAAGGCGUGAAGGCGAUCGGGCUCUGCGGCUCCGACGGCGGGCUCAUAACCGCCCGGCCCGCCCCGAACGCCGAGAAAUUGGGGUUCGUCGGCGAGGUGGCGCGUGUGGACCCGGGGAUUCUCCGGUCGAUCGUCGACAACGGCUACAUUCCGGUGAUCGCAUCGGUGGCGUCGGACGAGUCCGGGCAGCAGUACAACAUCAAUGCGGACACGGUGGCGGGGGAGAUAUCGGCGGCGCUGGGGGCGGAGAAGCUGAUUCUGCUGACAGACGUGGCAGGGAUACUGGAGGACAGAGAAGAUGCGAGUAGCUUGGUGAAGGAGAUAGAUAUAAAGGGAGUGAAGAAGAUGAUGAAGGAUGGCAAAAUCGGAGGAGGGAUGAUUCCGAAAGUGAGUUGCUGUGUGAGGUCAUUAGCUCAGGGGGUGAAGACUGCUAGUAUUAUUGAUGGCCGGAAACCACAUUCAUUGUUGCUUGAGGUUUUGACUGAUGAAGGAGCUGGGACUAUGAUCACUGGCUAAAACCCUAAACCCUGUUGCCUUCUGGUUUUCUUUUUUGUUACUUCUUUUGUAUCAAAGUUGUAAUGGACUAGUAGUAAUGAGGAAUUUGCUUUUACAA